AUGGAAUACCGCACUGAUUGUACGGUCAACUUGUUGUAUGCCAUAGGCGUCGUGCUCGCACUGAGCUGUUACGCUCAGAGCCAACACAUUUCCCCUGAAGAGCUGGAUCAGGCUUUCAUACAAGCGGCCUCCGACCUGCAGGAGAAUGAACGGCUCCAACGGAGGGCUGUGGAACUUGGGAAGGUUGUCAGCGACCAAGAGGCUUCGGCCUCCAGGAAACAUCAGCGGACAACGUACGCCGCCAAGAAGGCGAAAGCGACGAUCGAUCAGGGAUUCCUCUUCAACGCUGCCACUCUCGCUCUCUUGAAGAGCGGUCGUUUCGCCCGUGAGGACGUGGGGCGAUUGAGUUCACUCUCUCUGGAACAUUCUGUGCUAGCGAAGCAGGCUCAGGACAAGUGCAACUCUGAACAAGACAUCGCGAUCUGCCAAAAACAGGCCUUCCAGACUCACGAUGGUACCUGCAACAACCUUCUCAACCCGCAGUGGGGUCAGGCCAACGGCUGCCAGCUGCGACUUCUGGAACCUGCCUAUGAAGACGGAGUCGGUCUUCCCCGAAGGUUCAUGAGCAACGGAGACGAACUUCCCAACCCUCGAUUUGUUUCGGAGAAGCUCCUGGAGGUCCUCGGAGAGGAGGAGUUGGACCCUCAGUACACCCAUCAGGUCCAGGGUUUCGGACAGUUCCUUGAUCACGACAUGAUCCUCACGCCGACUUCUCGUAUUGGAGUCAACGGCUCCAUGCCGCAAUGUUGCCCGUUCGAUACCAACCAGAUUUCGCAGUGCUUCCCGAUCUACGUCCGACCCGGCGACCGUUUCUUCAGCAAAGUUCAGACGGAGUGCAUGAACGUCGUACGAUCCGGACCCUGUCCCACCUGCACGUUGGGCUACCGUCAGCAGAGCAAUGCCGAAACGUCUUUCAUCGAUCUGUCGAACAUUUACGGGUUGAACGACACGCAGAACAGACAACUGAGGACGCUCGACGGUAGCGGAGAGCUCACGUCCCAGGGCAUUGGCCUCCUGCCCCCCACCCAAACCCCCCAGAACGACGGUUGCUCGGAUCCGGACACCAACCGACUCUGCUUCCGUGGAGGAGAUAUCCGUGUCAACCAGCAGAUCGGUAUCGUGUCGCAGACGACGACGUGGCAUCGCCAGCACAAUUACAUCGCUCGCCGUCUCCGUGCCAGACACCCCCACUGGGACGACGACACGCUCUACUUCACCGCGAGACGCAUCGUGAUUGCCCAGAUGCAGAUGGUUUCGUACAACGAGUUCCUCCCCAAGGUUAUCGGUAAGGACUACAUGCGGAAGUACGCCCUCGACUUCACCGGUCCCACAAAAUACAAUCCGGACAUCAACCCUGGAAUCAUCAACGAAUGGGGAGUAGCUGCCUACCGUUACGGUCACGCCACGAUCCGGAACUCCUUCUGGGCGGUCGAUCUCAAGGGUCGACUCGAGCGGGAAAUUCCCAUGCGGGACGCUUUCAACCGCGUUCUCAACUUCUACAACCCGCUGGAAAACGAUAAGAUCAUGCUCGGCUUCUCCGUUCAGCCCAUGAAGAAAUUCGGACCUUCUUUCGUCACCGGCGUCACGAACGACCUGUACCGACCUUUGAACAGCUCCUUCGGAAUGGACCUUCCCGCGAUCAACACGCAGCGAGGCCGUGAUCACGGAAUUCCAGGAUACACUAACUACCUCAAGUUGUGUUCAGGACUCGACGUCCACUCGUGGGAAGAUCUGGCGGCAAUCCUCAAGCCGAAAUGCGCAAUCGCUCUCCGGGAUCUUUACGCUGCACCCCAAGAUGUCGACCUUUUCAUCGGCGGAGUUUGUGAAACUCCUCUGCCCGGCGCCAUCGUUGGCCCUACAUUCGGAUGCAUUAUUGGAACGCAGUUCCACAACGUGCGAUACGGAGACCGAUUCUUCUUCACUCACCAGGGAGAGCACACCUCGUUCACGCCCGAACAACUGCGCUCUUUGUUGGAGUCGACGCUCUAUGCAAAGAUCAUUUGCGACACCUCGGAGGGCAUUAAGAACAUUCACGAAGACGUCUUCACGCAGAUUUCUGAACACAAUCCCAUCAACCCGUGCAGCAGCUACCCUAGCCUGGACCUUUCACCCUGGGACUAGAGCCAAUGUCUCCGCUAGAGACCUCCCGUUCGACCCGGUCGCCAUACGGUCUACGAGUUAGUUGUAAAGUUGCUGUUAUUUUGUUACAAAAAUGCAUACGAACUCAAAUAUCAAUUGUGGGCUACGAACGAUGAGACCUGUAAUCUG